UGUAUAUAUACAUAUAAAUAUAUAUAUAUCGUGAUUUAGGUUUGUGUAUACUGCAGUUGCCAUUUUUUUAUAGAGACAUUGUAUUGUAAUGUAUGUAAAUCGUUAUUUAAUAAAAGCAGUCAUUUUCCAUGUAACCUGAUUCUGUUUUCUGAGGGAAGGAUUGGCAGACAGGGUGGGAUAGGAUGGGGGGAUACUGGUAAUAAGCCGAAACUGGGCCGAGUCAGGUACUUACGGCAUACAUCUGGCUCAAACUAGGCCGUAUUAUGGCUUGCCGGUCGAGGGCCGACUCAUUUGAGCCGUAUCUCAGCCGUAACACUCGGCCGAGUCCGGGCCGAGUUAUUCCCAGACUCGGGCCAGAAAUAUCGGGCCGCGCUGCGGCCGUGAUUCACAACCGAGACAACGCCGACUCGGCGCGCCGGCAUCGGGCCGACUGGUUUUUUUCCGGCAUGCGCGAUUCGGGCCGCUUGUGGGCCGAUACAAUUUUGCUAGCUGGGAUAUUGAGUGUCAAGAUGUGUGAAUGUAACUGCAUAGUGUAUGUUAUUGUAAAAUCUGAUGUGUUAAUGUUACUUAACACAAUGCAAAAAGCUUUGAACUACAAUACAUUUGGGGAAAAUGUACUAGUGCAGAGAUUAUGUUAGAAGAGACUGUUUAAUAAAGACUUGUGAGGCAUUUGUGAAGCUGUGACUCCUCGUGUCUUAUUUAUUUCACCCUGUUUACAGGUGAUAUAAUCUGUUUACACUGACCUGAGCUCGAUGGUGACCUGUGGCUCAGAAGUACAAUCCAGAACAGAGGAAACUUCUAGACCUCAAACCGACCAUGAGGUGGAUAUUGAGAGCGGCCAUAUAGAAAUAAGGAAUGUUCCUGCUUUAUUUCACUACUGCAAAAUAAUGGGAAUCAAAAACUUCACCCAUAAACUAGCAGCACUGCGUCGAGCCUUCGAUAUUAUUUUCAGUCACCCUCCGAACUACAGUUACAUCUGUGUGGUGGGAAGAAUGACUUUACUCGUACUGGUGGCUGCAAAAAAGAGGGAUCUGCGCAUCUUCCACCGAAGGUACGACCGGCUGAUACAGAUGCUGGAGAAUCAGACUAAUCGGAUGUGGGCUGAAGUGGAGCUGGCGCAGAUCGGGAUCCAGCACGUCAACUUUAUGGACAUCGUCUUUGAGCUGGUGCUGCUGGGAAUUCUGGGAAGAGCGAGGGUGCAUCAGAUCAUUUCAUUGACGCAGUACCGGAGACGAUGGCUCUUUCUGGACCGGCUGAUUGCUCUCAUCUAUUCGUGCGUUACACCCAGAUGGAUUGAACGUCAGGAGACAGAGCGUUAUUUAUUCCAUCUUCAGACUGAGAUGCUGAGCUUCCUGGAUAAAAUCUUCACUCUGGACGAGUCUUUGUAUGCAGAACCUGAAGCCCUGGCUGCUGCACUGGAGACGCUUUUAUGGCGGAGCCUCCGACGGUUUCAUGAAAGGCUGGAAACAGAGGACGUCUAAAGGCCAACCUUGAUUGGAACCUUUAUUUAAGUGUUAGGGAUGCAGGUCUGGUGGUUGACGUGUUGUUAAUGUGUGUUAACAGUUCACAGGUGCAUCAGGACCCAAGACAUGGCCGACAUGUAAAGAUACCACUAAUGUGGAAACAUGUAUCGGGAUCUCAGAGAGACGUGCUGCCAUUAAGACGCUGUCUUUACAUCAAGACAACGCCCGGAUGACUUUGUGGACCAGAUCCAGAUGUGUAAAAAUGUUCUGUAAAAAUGUAAUAAAAAGAAGAAACUCUGA